AUGCCUGCUAAACAACACAUAGACGCCUCCGAGAUCGCCGAGGAUGAUAUUCCUGACUCCCAUAUAGUGUACCAAGAUGCUAUUUCAUACUGGACAUCUGUUCCUGCCAGUGUUAACGGUGUACUUGGAGGGUUCGGAGAACAGACCAGCGUUCCUAAGGCCGACGUCAUCGGGUCUAUGACGUUUCUUCGAAAGCUUCAGGCCAGAAUGGUGUGUCCGUCUGACCAACAAAAACUCACCAUAGAUAUGGGAGCCGGGAUUGGCCGUAUUACUCGGGACUUACUCUGGAAAGUAAGUGACAAGGUGGAUCUACUUGAGCCAGUUCAACCAUUUGUGGCACAGAUGGAAACAGAGUUACAGGGAGUGGCUCUGAAGGGUAAGCUCGGGGAUAUAUACCCGAUUGGAAUGCAAGAAUGGUCUCCAGCACCGGAGAAAGUGGGGAAAUAUUGGAUGGUAUGGUGCCAAUGGUGUGUUGGACAAUUACCGGAUGCAGACUUGGUAGCCUUCUGGAAACGAUGUGGUGAAGCAUUGAUGGACAAUGGAACGCUCAUAGUAAAGGAAAACAUAGCUCCCUAUGACGACAUUUUCGAUGACACAGACUCUUCUGUUACGAGAACAGAUGAGAAGUUUAGACAGUUGUUUGUUCAAGCUGGCUUCAAGUUGAUUGCCAGUGACAUACAAAAGGGUUUACCCAGAGAGUUGUAUCCUGUUAGAAUGUAUUGUUUAAAGAGAGUCUAA